GAAAAGUAUAGUAGAGAGAGCAGCAAGGCCUUUUGCUUUCUCCUUUUUUGUCCUUAAAUUAAUUAAGCCUUGUGUGUUGAGAAAGAAUCCAAUUAGGGAAGUUUCUUAUAAACUCCCCAUAUUUCAAAACAAAAUCCUCUUUAAUUUCACAAGCAACUAUAAAUUUAACUCAUAAUUACGUACACCAAUUUCAUAAUUCCUUUAAAUUAAUUAAAGAAAAAUGGGUGUUGGAGGAACAUUGGAGUACAUAUCAGAUAUGAUGAGCAUUGAUAAGCCAAAGAAGAAGAAGAAGCAAUUUAAUACAGUGGAACUCAAAGUUAGAAUGGAUUGUGAAGGCUGUGAACUUAAAGUCAAAAAUGCUCUUUCUUCUAUGAGUGGAGUGAAAUCAGUGGAGAUAAACAGGAAACAGCAGAAGGUGACAGUAACAGGAUAUGUGGAAUCAAACAAGGUGUUAAAGAAGGCAAAGUCAACAGGGAAAAAGGCAGAGAUAUGGCCUUAUGUCCCCUAUAAUUUGGUAUCCCAACCAUAUGCUGCUCAAGCUUAUGACAAAAAGGCGCCUCCUGGCUACGUCAGGAGGGUCGAUCAGUACCCAACUACGGAAACUGUUGCGAGAUUUGAGGACCCUUCCUAUGUCAACAUGUUUAGUGAUGACAAUCCUAAUGCUUGUUCCAUCAUGUAAUUUACCAGUAAUAUUUUGAAGAGAAAGCUAAUGAAAGUUGGCAUGAGAAAAACAAAUGUAGAAAUUUGGACAAUUUCUUUUACUUUGGGAUGGUUCUUGAGCCCAAAGUCUAUCAAAAAUAGUUUAUCUACCUCGUACAAAUUGAGGAUAAAGUUUACAUAUAUUUUUUUCUCUUCAAAUUCCACUUAUGAAAUCACAUUGAAUAUGUUAUUGUCGUUCGAGCCCCGGGUGGGGACAGAGUUGAAAGGUUAAUUAUUGUAUUUUAAGUUUUGCAUGACUUUUUUGGAAGUGAUUUAGCAGUAUUCAGAAUUUGUCAAUUUUGAAAAGGGUUGUAGUAAACCUGUUGUAAUUGAAUACUACUUGAAUGUUCUCUUUU